AUGUGCCACUGGCUCAGCCACGCGCUGGACCGGCAGCGGAGGUGGCAGUGCGUCGACCCGUCCGACCGCAAGGCGUGGCAGGACAACCGCUGCGGCCACCCCGGAGACCCAAAGAGCGGGCGCGACCACAGAGCUGUGCUCGAGCUGCCGGCCAACCUCGACCAGCUCGCGCCCGAGGCGCAGUGCGGCUGGGUGAACCGGCAGUACAGGGUCGCUGCUAGCCAGGAGACCCGGGGCCCGACCGAGCCGCGCUCCGCCCACGCCUUCAGGAAGCUGGCGCGCGUGUGGCACCCCGACCGGUACAAGGGCGUCAAGGCGAGAGCGGAGCGGAAGAUGCGCGAGUGCGCAGAGGCGAAGGAGGUGCUCGUGAGGCAGCUGCGGUGCAGUGAGCACAAGGGGAGGUAG